UGUCCUGCUUUACUUUGCUUUUCUUCAUCUUCUUCUUUCCUUAUAUUCAUUCUUCUCUUUCAAGCUUUUCCAAGUUUCAUCAAUGGCGGACAUCACUCAUCCGCCUAUGGAUCAACUUCAAGACCUCGAAUACUGUAUAGAUUCUAAUCCUCCUUGGGUUGAAACAAUUCUAUUAGCAUUUCAGAAUUAUAUAUUAAUGUUGGGAACGACAGUAAUGAUCCCUACAAUUAUUGUCCCGUUGAUGGGUGGAACAGAUGGAGACAAAGCAAAGGUGAUACAAACAUCGUUGUUUGUAGCUGGAAUCAAUACUCUGUUGCAAGCUCUUUUUGGUACUAGGUUACCCACCGUGGUUGGAGCUUCUUUCGCUUAUUUAAUCCCGAUUUUUUACAUCAUAAAUGAUCAUUCAUUGAUGAAAAUUGGUAAUUCUCACGAAAGGUUUAUACAAACUAUGAAAGCUAUUCAAGGAAGUUUAAUUGUAGCUUCGAGCAUUCAAACCAUCCUCGGUUUUAGCCAGCUUUGGGGUCAUUUCUCACGAUUCUUUAGUCCUCUUGGCAUGGCGCCUGUUGUUGGAUUGGCGGGUUUGGGCUUGUUUCAACGAGGAUUUCCAAUGGUGGGAAAUUGUGUGGAGAUUGGCUUGCCAAUGUUAAUUAUUGUUAUUGGAUUGUCUCAAUACAUGAAACACGUUAAACCGAUAAGAGAUUUACCAAUUUUCGAAAGGUUUCCGGUUUUGAUUAGCACAUCGAUCGUUUGGAUCUAUGCGGUUAUACUCACGGCAGGCGGGGCUUAUCGAAAUAAACCUCAUCAGACUCAGAACAGUUGCAGAACAGACAGAGCCAAUCUCAUAACCACUGCAGCAUGGGUCAAUUUUCCUUAUCCGUUACAAUGGGGACCUCCUACAUUUUCGGCUGGUCAUUCGUUUGCUAUGAUGUCUCCGGUUCUUGUCUCAAUGAUUGAGUCCACAGCUGCCUAUAAGGCUGCGUCUAGGCUGGCAAUUGCUACUCCGCCUCCUGCGUAUGUCUUGAGUAGAGGCAUCGGUUGGCAGGGGAUUGGCAUUUUACUUAAUGGAGUAUUUGGAACCGGGACAGGAUCGACUGUAUCUGUCGAAAACGUGGGACUCCUAGGACUAACCCGUGUUGGCAGUAGAAGAGUUGUUCAAAUUUCUGCCGGUUUCAUGAUAUUUUUCUCUAUUUUCGGAAAAUUUGGUGCUGUUUUUGCUUCAAUACCUUUACCCAUAUUUUUCGCCUUGUAUUGUGUACUCUUUGGUCUUGUGGGUUCGGUUGGGCUGUCGUUUCUACAAUUCACUAACAUGAAUUCUAUGAGAAAUCUUAUAAUAACAGGCGUUUCUCUCUUUCUUGGAAUAUCAAUUCCUCAAUUUUUCGAUCAAAAUCAGAAUUACAACAGAGGCAUCGUUCGGACAAAUGCAGGAUGGUUCAAUGCGUUCUUGAACACUAUGUUCUCCUCUCCUGCAACCGUAGCAAUGAUAGUUGCGGUUCUUCUCGAUAACACAUUGGAAGUAGAGAAAUCGAAGAAAGAUCGAGGUAUGCCAUGGUGGGUGAAGUUUAGAACAUUUCGGGGUGACAAUAGAAACGAAGAAUUCUAUACGUUACCAUUCAAUCUCAACCGUUUUUUCCCACCAACAUGAACAAGUGGAACCUAAAUUCUUGUUUUAGGUGAAAAAAAAUAGUUUAGACAUGAUUUUAGGUUAUCUUUGGAGGUAUUAAUGUUAAGUCUAACAAGAAAAAAAAAAAAAGCAGAAUAAUGUUGAUUUGAUUUUGCCCUGUUAAAUGAUCCUUAAUUUUUUGUGUAGCAAAAGGUUCUCCCUGAUAUAGGGAUGUCAGAGCAAUUUUUUUUUUUAAUGUUUAAAUUUUGUAUUAAUAAUAAAUUUUUCUAAUGCAAAAAUUGUGCUGAUACCAAGUUUUUUAAACAUGUUAUAUUAAAAUUUAAAUUUUUAAUUGUAA